AAAUAAAAGAAAUUUUUUUUCAUAUAAAAUGAAAAGAGAAAUUUAUGACCAGCAUCAGUGCCAACUUGAAAUUUGAAGUGAAAGAAACAUAGUCACAAAAAUGUUCCGAAAGUUGAAUUUAGUCAGUGUAAUUUUAGUUUUAAAAUGUGUAAUUCUUAUUUCGGCUUACGGUCAUGUUUCCAAUUAUGGAACUAGUGGAAAUUAUAAAGCACCAGUUGUAGAUUAUCAUCAGCAAGAUCAUCAAGAGAAUUCAGAAGUUAAUCAAGAGAUUUAUGUACAUGAGACACAUCAUGAGGAAGAACCAGAGCAUUAUGAAGGAGGAACACAUGGAAGUUAUGGAUUCUCAUUCAGUCAUGGACAUGAAGGACCUUCAUAUGGAAAUGAUAAUUCUGGACAUCAAGAAUAUGAGAAUGAAGAACCAGAGCAUCAAGAAUACUCACAUGGCAGUCAAAAUGCAGCACAUCAAGACUAUUCUCAUGAAAGUCAAGAUUCUGGACAUCAAGAUUAUUCCCAAGCUGCAGUACAUCAAGAUUAUUCUCAUGGUACCCAAGCUGCAGCACAUCAACAAAAUGCUCAUGAAAAUGUAAGACACACACAUACUCCAGUCCAUUCUGAAAGUGGAUCCCAUGGAAAUUCUGCAGUCAAUGCCAAUGGUGGAGCUCAUGCUAACAGUGGAGCUCAUUCCAAUAGUGGAGCUCAUAGCUAUACUAGAUCUCAAGUCAACAAUAUCGCUCUUGGACAUAGUCAUGGAAAUGAAGGUCAUGCAGCUGAAGGUCAUGGAGAAGGAGCUGGACAUGAUGAGAAGCAUGAAGAUUAUCAUCACUAUCCAGCCUAUAAAUACGAAUAUGGUGUUGAUGAUCCAAAGACAAAAGAUCAUAAAACCCACUGGGAAACUCGUGAUGGAGAUGUUGUCAAGGGAGAAUACACUUUGAGUGAACCUGAUGGCACUAUCCGUAAAGUCUCAUACACAUCAGAUAAGCAUGCAGGUUUCCAAGCUCAUGUUGAGAAAAUUGGACAUGCAACACAUGAGAGCGCUGGACAUGGAGACAGUCAACAUCAUCAUGUUACCGAGAAUGGAGACGAUGGUCAUUAUUAAUCACUGAAAUAUUAUUAAAAUUAGACUGAUGUUAUUGUUGAAAAUUUAGAAAUUAGUUUUAGAAUGGAAUUUAUAGAAAAUUUCUGUCUGUUGAACCUCAAUAAAAUUAGGAAAAAAAAGUUUAAUCAAAAUGUUUUAGAAAUUUAAUUUAAAAAUAUAAAUGAUCAAUUACAUGACUUAAUAUAAAAUGCUGGCUAGCUUAAGAAAGCUGUAUUUAUUGUUAAGCUAAGCAUGAUCAUUAAAUGUAAGUACAGAUACUCAUUGUUGGUAUUUGCUCCA